UCGCGAGCAUCAGCUGAUGAUUGAACACUGGAUAGUUUGAGCUGGCUUUUCUUUCUCGGUAAUCGAUAUCUUUCUUUCUACUACCUGCACAUCCCCUCAAAUAAGAAAUAACACCCACUGGUUGCAUAUUUCUCUUUGGUAUAUAUAUAUUUUUCGGAAGUCAAUUAUUUGACAGGACAACGCGCUCCGGGAAGGAUGGCUGCCAUCAAGGCGCUUCAACAGUGGUGCAAACUUCAGUGCAAUGGGUACCGAGAUGUGGCUAUCAUCAACAUGACAACUUCUUUUAGGGACGGGUUGGCGUUCUGUGCGCUUAUCCAUAAGUACAGACCGGACCUAAUAGACUACGACUCCCUGAAUAAAGAGGAUGUUUUUGACAACAACAACUUGGCUUUCCGGGUUGCGGAGGACAAGCUGGGGAUCGCUGCUCUGCUGGAUGCAGAGGACAUGGUGGCCCUGAGGAUCCCAGACCGACUGAGCAUCCUCACCUACGUCUCCCAGUACUACAACUACUUCCACGGACGCAACCCUAUUGGAGGGGUGGGUGCUGUGAAAAGACCAGCAGAGGGCUCCAAGGAGGAGCCGUCUGGAAAGAAGAAUCUCCCGGUGGUGGCCAAAACCAUAGUGUCUAAAACAGCCAUAGAGAAUCGACCACCUCGCUCCUCUCUCAUGGUGAAAACCUCCCCCGAAGCAACCAGAGCUGCUGUCCAGACGGAGGUUUUGGUGGAGAGCUCCAAUAAGACAGGCACUCUGAGCAGUAAAUGUGUUGUGUGCAAAUGCCACGUUCAUCUGGUCCAACGGCACUUCAUCGAGGGGAAGCUUUACCACAGGAGCUGCUUCAAUGAAUGCUCCAACAUCCUCCUGGCUGGGGCCUAUAAACCAGGGAAGGAGCCAGGUAGCUUCAUCUGUAAUGACCACCAGAACACCAAGAAUGGCUGCAACAAGCCUCCCUCCUCUGGGGCUGUCAUCCAAACCGGAUCCCCAAGUGCCAACGUUGAAUCCAAAAGUGACACCAGCGGAGUCCAGUCUGUCACCCGUCCCACCUCUGUGCCUUUGACCCCCGUCAAGGUGGUCUUGAAGCCUGUGGAGACCACCACCCCAGCUCCCCAACCCUGGACCAGCUCGGCCCAGAGAACCCAGGCAGCACGGCAGAGGUUCUUCCAGUCAUCUACCUCAUCCCCAGAGGGGCCCCCCAGCAGCCAGAAGCCCCCAGCCCCCUCAGGACUGCCGAGGGUGCCCCUGAGUCCUGAGGAAGAGAAGAACCGAGCUAGGGCUGUCAUUACCAAGAAACUAGUUGAGGCGAACUGCAACAACAAUAACACCCGAUACUUUGUUAUCCAACCAGCAGAAAGGAGGUUUGGAGACCUGCCAAGCUCAGCUGACCUCCCCAGCUGGAAGCAGGCUAACUGUGGGCCAGGCACAGCAGGACAACAAGCAGCCCAACCCUUCACCAGCAAUAAGGAAUUGCUGAACACUGUCAAAAAAGCCAGUGCCAGACCAACAACUGUAUCCUCCACCACCAAAGACUGUGCAGAGGCUCCUGUUAACUGGCGAUCAAAGCUCAAGCCUGUUAAAAAUGGACCAGGACUGAAUACCUCUGACUCUGAGGAUCGAGCGAUCGUUGUUGAGCAACCCAAACCUGAAGCCAUCUCGAAGUCUUUCGCUACUCGUAUCAUCGUCAACAUCAGCUCUACCUCUCCUCGGAAUCCCCCAGCAGCCUUCAACCCUCCUCCACCUGGCCCUUUGUCUCACAGAGCUCCGUCUCCCAGGCAGCCCCGUCGCGGCUCCGGAGGCUUGGGUACUAAAAAUGGGAAUUAUUCUACUACUCUGUCGUCCACUCCUCCCCUGGUUCCUGUCUGGCACAGGGUCCCCACUCCAAAUCAGCCUCACCACAGCUCUGCGGGAUCGGGCUCAAAGAAUGUCAGUUAUUCUCCCCCUAUGUCUCCUAAACAGCCUCUCCAGGGCCCCACAGGCUCCAAAAAUGGAAAGUAUCUGUCACCCACAAACAACUGCAGGUCUGAAAUGAGGUUACCCUUGUGUAAGUCACAUCAUAUCCCCAUGGAUCAGAUAGUGAAGGAGCUGCGUGAGAUUGACGACUGCCUGGGUGACUUGGAGAGGAAGGGAGUGGAGAUGGAGAAGAGGCUUCGCAGCUGUGAGGAAGAGGGCGAGGGGGACAUUUUGAUGGACCCUCUGAUGGUUGACUGGUUCAACCUGAUCCGAAAGAAGCAGACGUACAUUAGGAGGGAGUCGGAGCUUGUGUACAUAGCUAAGACUCAAGACCUGGAGGAGCAGCAGCCUGGGGUGGAAGGUGAGCUGCGCAGACUGUUGGAGAAACCAGAUCAUCUGAAGUCCACAGAGGAGCGUCGGCGAGAGGACAGGCUGAUGGAGAGGUUGAUGGAGAUUGUGAACGGUAGAAACGCCAUCGUAGAAGGACUGGAUGAGGACAGGCUCAGGGAAGAUGAAGAGGAUCAGCAGUUGAAUGAAAUGAUGCAGACUCUUGGACUUAAAAAAUCCAAAAUCAAGAGGAAGUCCUCCUUCAAAAUGCUGUUCAGACGAAAAAGUAGUAAAAAGGUCACAGUGAGUGAUCAGGGGACUGUGUUAUAAUUGUUCUAUCCUGCUCUGGGGGGUGCAGUAUGUGUCGUAGUGUCUGGGAUGUUUUAAAUUGGGUUUACCUUUUCAAGAAGUGAUACGGAGUGUGUAUGUGUGUAUACAUCAACUUGUGGUAUUGGAGUUCAGCUAAUAAGUAACAAGUUUAUGUUGCUGAGCCUGAAGGUCAAAGACCAACAUUCAGCUACAUAUCAGAUCGAGUGGGUGUUUCGUCGCAAAGGUUUGUUUAGAAAGGCUUUUUGUUUGAAAACAUUUAGUGUUCAGUUGUUGUUCUUGAGACUGGUCUCAUGACACUUGACUGAUCAUAAUCUGAUGUUUUGUUCCUUGUGGUGUAUAUCUAAGAUGUCAUAAUUUAUGGUUUGCUUCUUGUUUUUUUCACUCACUGUUUUUCCUCACAUCUAGUUUGGGAUUGUUGUGAAGAGGUGUUGAAGAGUCACUGUUAAAAUGAGUCAAAUGCAAAAUAAUGUAACUGGUAUUGUUGCACCGUAUAAUGGUAAAGGGAAAUCCAUAUCACUGUGAUUUUAAGUUGUUAGUAUCAAAAGAAGAGAAAUUGCCUUAAUGCGUGCUGAUGUUUUUUAGCUCCAGUAGGUGUAAUUAUUUUAAUACCGACGUAUUUAUUUUAUUAUGCUUCAAAAAGGAUGUUAUUAGUAACCACAAACAUCUAAUAACAUUUUGAGUGAGAUCAGUCUGCAGACCGGAUGACGUGGGGAGAAGCAUGUUCUACGCUGCCACAUUUUAAAAGCUGUAUUUCUCCUGUUGUGCUGUAGGUGGCACCAUGGUUUUACUGUGUGUGUGUGUAUGUGUAUAUAUAUAUAUAUAUAUAUAUAUAUAUAUGAACCUGAAUCCAAUUUGCCACAGUACAGACAGUUAAUUUCUUUGCUAAUUUUAUAAAUGCUGCAAAAUGUUCCAACUCUGCUGAUGCAAUAACAUUGAAAGAUUACGUAGAGCAGUAGCUUAUGGGCCAGGAAAAGGCUUAUAAACUAGUGGUUAUGUUGAGCUUUUUAAAUCUUAAACCUGGUUUAAUUAAACAUUAUAUACUAAUGUAUGUACUGAAGCAUUGUUUUAUGCCUGGUCCAUAAUUGCAAUAUUUUAAGUUUUAAAAAAUGUUGGCAUUUUGGAGUCAUCUGUAAAAAUACUGUUUAAGGUAUGCACAGGUCCCAAUGUCUCGUGACUUUAAAAAAUUGGAAGGGAUGUUAAAUGAAUGUGUACAUAAAGUGUAUUUAUAUUUUUAAUUGUAAUGAGUUUGCUGUCCAAUAAAUAAUUUGAACAUC